AUGAUCCUCAAGGACCGCUUCCCCAACAUGAACCUCGAGGUGUUCAUCCACAAGGUUGAGGGGAUGUCCGACGAAUAUGCCCUCGAGAUCAAGGAGGAUAUAAUCCGUCGUACGGAAGAGGAACUCAUGGACAACGAACGCUCAGGCAUGGCGAUCAGGUAUCAUCUGACUAGCAUCUAUGACCGUACUGUCUGGGAGGCGUUGAGUAGGGUUGUGCAGAGAGUCACACCGAGGUUGAACGCCGUUGAGGGGCUCCUUGACUCGUUGUGUGAGAAUACCGGGAUGGUGAAGAUCUUUCUCUUUGAUCUUUAUAGCAAGUUGUAUGUGGCGACGGAUACUAGUCCGGUGGAUAUGCAGAUCUUGGAUACUUGUACUCAUCAUAUUGAGUUUGUGUCAGAGAUGGAAUCAAUCUUUGGAUAUAAGCGCAAGAAGUAUAUGGAAGAGCAAGAAGAUCCGGAGUACAAGACCCCAGAGGUCUGCAGCAUGGUUUCUCUCAAUGACGGCAAGAGGCUGUAUAUGAAAGAAAUCAACCAAUACCUUGCUAUCGUAGGCGUUACUGGAAGAAGGGCAAUGAAGCAACGAAACAUUGUCGACUUCAACAUUUCUGUCUUUCAAGAGGCAGUUCUCAAGCUGAUAUCCGAGAAAUGGGAGAAACCUGCGAAGCCCUCAGAGUAA